CGAAUUAACGUUGUCCCUGGUGAAACGACACUCGGGAAAAUAUUGAUUAUAGUGAUUUUAAGUGUUGUGUGUUGUUUGUUUGGAUUGAAAGUAGUCAGUGGUUGUUAAUGUUUGGAGAAGGAAAGGAAGGCAAAGUUAUUGAGCCCGUUUGACACUUGAACAUGUGGGUUUUUGUUGUGUUGAUUCACCCAAGAUGACGGGAGGAAGUGCUGAUCCCGCAAAUAGUAAUGCAUGGGAUCGUCGCAAUGACAUCCUGAAACUUGCACGAGCCAUUCGUGAGGCCGAUAAUCAGAAGGUGCAACUGCCAAAGGUUCAAGUUCCCCUCUUCGAUGGCACCAAUGCCUCAGCAUGGGCGGACAAGUUUGAGCAAUUGGGUAGUUGUUGUGAAUGGACGAGUGAGAAGAUGCUUCAAAUAUUGAAGCGAUAUUGUAUGGUCGGGUACAAAAAGGAGGUGUCAGAGUUGGUGCUAGCCUCGCGUGACUGGCCCGACUUCAAAGCCAAAUUAUUGGACAAGUACCAAUUGGGGGAUCAACUGCUCGAUCUGGCGGACUUACGGAAAGUCAGUCGUCGAAAAUUUGGUACGGCCAAGCAGUUUCUCACGGAGUUCGAACGAGUUGCGCGUCUGGUGCCUGAUCUUCCAGAUAAGGAUCGGUGCCUUAUCUUCCUCGAAAACUUUUCCGAAGUUGAGCAGUGGGAACUGAUGAAGGAUAUGAUUGGGCGAUAUGACUGGCCAAAGAUCAAGGAGAAUCUGUUGGCUGGAAGCUUCGACCAGAUGCUUUACCGUCUCCUGAAGCAGCAAAAGGAGGACCGCGAAAAGGAAGGGGUAAGCGCGGACAAGGAUCAGGUCGUUUACAAAACCCUGACUGAUAUGCGGAACAUGAUGGCUGACAUGAAGAAGGAAAGGUUGAAGUUGCAAGUGAUGAUGGUCCAAACAAAAGGUGGAAAAAGGAAGGGAAAAACUCCCAUCGUGGAGGAAGUGAGUAGUAGCAGCAGCGAAGAGGAAGAUGAGGAGGAAGUGGAGCCCGCUCGAAAAUUGACCAAGGCAGAACGGAAGGCCCUGAAUCAAAUACGAGGAGGGCAAGGCACUAGCAAAAAGCAACGAAACAAUAAUGGAGGAGGUGGACAAGGAAGCAACCAGGAACAGGCGGCGCAGACCCCUCCUCAGCAACCCCAACCUCAGGCAGGAGGCCGAGGCCGAGGUCGAGGCCCCACAGCGUUGGGUGGAGUCCUCAUCCAGAAGGAUGGAGAAAGACGAGAAAGACCACUGAGAUUUGAAAGUCGAACGUUGAAUGAGGCAGAAAGGAAGUAUUCUCAAUUUAAGAAGGAAACCCUUGCAGUGCUUCAUUGCUUCAGGAUCUUCCGAAACUACGUGUUUGGAAGACGGUUCGUCCUGCGGGUUGAUCCGACCGCCCUGGCGCAGUCAUUGAAGAAUUAUUCUCCCUCGGAUCCAACUAUUGCUCGAUGGUUGAUCUAUAUCUGGAUGUUCGAUUUCGAGAUCAAGCGUAUUGCGGGAACACAAAAUCAAGCCGACGGAUUGAGUCGGAUCGAGUGGGACUCCUCGAAAGAUCAGGCAGAAGACUCGGUCCCUUUGGAUGGGUUUCUGGAGACGGACGAGCAACAAUUGAGUAUCAAUGUUUGGGAAUACAUCAGUAAUGCGUCAUCCCGACCUGGGAAGUCUAUCUGGAGUUCGCCGAGUUCUUAUCAAAAGUGUGCAGAGCUUGUGAUGAGGGAACCCUUUUUUGAGGAGGAUCCUUGGGGUGAACGGUCUGCUGAGCGGAUGAUGCGGUUGGCGUUGUCUGACCCAGCACAACUUUCGGAAGAACCUCUUACGAUUGAAGGGGGGCAUGAGCAAGGCGACGAAAUCCUCAAGAUUUCUGGAGGAAUGGUGUUUCUUGUUAAUUCGUUGAUACAGGAAGAUCACGGGUCGCCUCGUCCUUAUGAUCCUCGUCUGACCAACUUGGAUUAUAUGGAUGGGGUUGUCUCGCCCUGUAGGCGUGACAUUAACAGAGUUGCGAUACUGGAAUCGGAGGGAAUGUGGUUGUGGGGGAGCCAUAUCCGGGAGGCUGCCGCUGGAUUGGGUGGUGCGGCGGAAGCGCUGCCGAAAUUGUACGGCGACAGCGCUGGUUCUCCUGGUGGGACGGCGAAAGCGCUGCCGAAUUCUUGGGGCGGCAGCGCUAGUCUUUUUGGCGAUGCGGCGGAAGCGCUGCCGAAAUUGUUGUGGGGGAGCCAUAUCCGGGAGGCUGCCGCUGGAUUGGGUGGUGCGGCGGAAGCGCUGCCGAAAUUGUGCGGCGGCAGCGCUGGUUCUCCUGGUGGGAUGGCGGAAAUGCUGCCGAAUUCUUGGGGCGACAGUGCUAGUCUUUUUGGCGAUGCGGCGGAAGCGCUGCCGAAAUUGUGCGGCGACAGCGCUGGUUCUCCUGGUGGGACGGCGGAAGCGCUGCCGAAUUCUUGGGACGGCAGCGCUAGUCUUCUUGGUGAUACGGCGGAAGCGCUGCCGAAAUUAUGCGGCGGCAACGCGGAUUCUCUUGGCGGUACGGCGAGGGUGCUACCAGAUUUUGUGGCAACAGUAUUUUGCACAAGACUGCGAAAAGGGGGGUUGGACAUUGCCGCAGGGACGGUACCGCCGAGGUGGAAGUGCGCCUUGGGAUAGGAAGAGUGUGGUGAUCAUUUUGUUGAGGACGUUGCGGCAUGUGGCACUUGAGGGA